UAGCUAGAUUUUUUUCAGUUUCCGUAAAAUCGAUGAUUUUCUAAGUUCACUUGACUGAACAGAUUUUGUCUUUUAUAAAAGCCCGAAUUCAUUUCCGAAAAGUUUGAUUUGAGUUUCAUGAUUAUCUGUUGCAGUUACGAUAACUGACUGUGAAUUGUUUAAUCUCCGACGAGUAAUUUCGUGAAAUUGGAGACAAUGAAGGAGGAGGAAAAGGAGAAACGGAGUUGCAGCACUCAUAAACGGAUAGGGGAGGUAGCCGGGGGCACAGCGGCGGAGUGUGCGAUGGUAUGCUGUUGUUGUCCAUGUACGGUGAUGCAUUUAUUGGUACUGGCGGUGUACAAAGUCCCGACGGGACUAUGCCGGAAUAUAUGGAGGAAGAAGAAGCGGGAGAGGCUUUUGAGGAAGAAGAAGAAAGAGGAGGAUUCAUGGAAAUCGAUGAAGAAUAAUAAAAAUGUUUACCUUGGUACCUACGAUGAAGACGACGGCGAUCGGGAGAAAUUUGACGGUGAAGACGACGACGGAGUACGAGAAGCCGCCGAUUUUGAAACGGAGAUGUGGGACCGGUUCUAUGGAGCUGGGUUUUGGAGGACCCUAUCUCAGAGAGAGGAGGACUUAACAUGGCAUAAUCAAAAUAAGUAAGGACUUAAAAUGCAAUUAUAAUUAUAAUUAAGAAGAAAAAAAUGGUGAAAGACAC